AUGUACCUGUAUUAUGUUAUACCUAUUACUUAUGUUUCUACUACUUCACUCUAUUUCACCGUUAGAGUAGAGCAAUUUCACCACCUAUUUGCCGUGACUUUACCUCCUGCAGGUUCAGCAGAUCAAGGUAUCUACCGUGUAAAAGAUCAGCGCCCGGAUGCCGACGAGGGUUGUUACGCAAGCCCACAGGCUCCCACGCAGCUCCCCGAACUCGGUUUACUUAGGGGCAUGUCACCCACUGUUCGUCGACCUCGCCGCCGCCUCGCUUCAACGCUCAAGUACUCCGUAUUGGGUGCCAAAUGUGCCGCAUGUCCGGCAGGCUCGGCAUCCACUGCACUUGUGGCAGGUUCGUCUCCAGCCACGUCUUUGGCAGGGAGUCUUCGACUUGCUCAGCGGACCAAGGACCUUGACGAUCACAUUGUCUCCGACAGCCCCAAGCACAACGAUUCCUUAAAGAGGGCCAACAGCCAUGACGUACAGGACCGCAAGGCCAACUUGGGAGCUGACUUGGUCGAAAUGUGUAAAGCCCGUAUGGUCCUGACUCUUCCAGUCGCGGUCCCACUAAUCCGGUUCCUCGUUCCGGGGGCUGCAGCCAACCAUCCAUCUUGGUCCGUUAGACUCGAGAUGUUUGGCGGCAUGCAUACCACACUGCAUCGGAAGACGCUGCUACUGGAGGACAACCAACCACUCGGAUGA